CAUGAAAGCGCGACAGUCUGCCGCGUUCGCAUUUAGAGGAUGCGUCGCGACGCCGCGCGUCUUUCGAUUCGCACGGCACCUCGUAUACGGCGUGCGUAAAUCAUUGCUGAAGGGAAUAAAACGAGUAAAUGGAAUUAACGGCGAUAACAUAUUAGUGAGAGAUUUCGUUGGAUUGAUUUAGAUUUUUGAAAUGAAAUUUUGUUUAUAAGCGACGGGUCAGUCGUUGCCGUUUCCUUCGUUUCGCGACUCUCGUGGGAAUUACCGGUGAAAACGAAGGGGUUGAAGGAUUUUAGAGAUACGUAAGAAUUUAAGUAAAAGACCAAUAAUUAAGAAGUAGGGUUGGAAGAAUUUGUUUGACAAUAAACGUAUGGCCAAGGUAUACAUAUACAUAUACACAUAUAGAGUUAUAUUGGGGAGGAAUCAAUGCGGAGUACUUGACUGAAGAUCUCGUUUAAAUAACGUCGCAGACUGAUCGAUCGCAUUAAUUAUUCAAUGGUGAUUAGAAUUUUUGUGAAGUGAAGUGUCGUCGUCGAAUAUCGAUAGCCUGUAUUACGAAUAGUGGCCUCCCGCUGAAUAAUUGUUGUUAUCAUUUUUUCUCCUCGGUGUAAUUUAUCUCCUUUUCAUUAUAAACCAAUCGUUAAGGUGAUUCCAAAACUUAUUUCUGGCUCAAACCACCCGGAGCCAGUUUUCAUACACAAGGAGAGGAUUUUCAUCUUCCUGCAUCGGAGAAUAUCGGCAAAAGAGGAAAGUUUUGCCGAGAUUGGGUCGUCCUUGGCGAUAAGGACGUCUGAGGUGUAAUUGACAUAUGUUCGAAAAAGGAUCCGGCAGUCGGUCAUCCACAUACGAUCGUCACGGGAGAAUCGUGCGGGAGUUGGCGAAGGUUUUAUCGUUGGAAGGAUAUAGGAAAAGCCACCAUAACGGAGUCUUUACAAGGCAUAUCGUCCCUCCUUCAUUUUUUCUUCAUACACCCGGGGUGGGACAUCGUGAAGACGUCCCGGGUUCAUCGGCAGCAAGCCGUCCUCCCGGCGUCGAGGAAACUGCCACCUUGUUCCUCCGUCGCGGAGGUGUCUCCGGGUCCCGUUUUGUCGUCCUCCUCUUCCUCGUCCGCCUAUUCCUCCUCUGCCUCGAAACGAAUUCACCAAAGGAGGAGGUUCGCCGGCCGUCCUCAGGAAAAAACACAACAGCCGAGGAAACCGGAUGGGUGGAGAUUGCCGCGAUGUGACAUGGAUGUCCUAGGUUUUGCCUGCGCCCUAGUUGCGGCCGCCCUUUACCGCAACACCUUGGAUGCAGGCUUCGUCUACGACGAUCGAAGGGCCAUCCUGACGAAUCCCGACCUUCUUCCGGGCACGCCUUGGUCUCGCCUCCUCGAGGACGACUUUUGGGGUACACCAUUGAAGGAACGGGGAUCUCACGGUAGCUACCGCCCUUUUUGCGUGGCAACUUUUCGCCUCAAUUAUCUGGUCGGCGGUCUUGACCCCUGGGGAUACCACCUGGUGAACGUUGCCCUUCACGCUGCGUGCGCCGGCCUCGUCGUUAGGGCCGCCAGAAAGGUACUUCCAGGGCGGAGUUUAGCGCACGCCAUGGCCGGCCUUCUGUUCGCCGUACAUCCGGUGCACGGUGAAGCGGUGGCGGGAAUCGUCGGCCGGGCGGAUCUCCUCGCUUGUCUUUUUACCCUGGUGGCCUUCCUCGCCUACGCGACUCACUGCGACGACGCUCGGACACCGGGACCCCUUUUUCUGACUUUGCUAGCAUCGGCUUUGGCGACGCUUGCCAAAGAGACGGGGAUAGCGUCGUUGGCUCUCUGUCUACUGUGGGAGUUUUGUCGCGGCGAACCGCAGAGAAAGGGAACCAGGUGGACCAGACGUCGCAGCGUAGGACUGGUUACCGGAACUCUGGUCCUUCUGCUGAUCGUACGAUUGAGGGUCGGAGGAUCGCCGCCCGAGUUCGCCACGGCGGACAAUCCGGCGGCGAGACAUCCUUCGAGACUGGCCAGAGGUUUGACGUUUCUUUAUCUGCCGGCCGUCAACGCGAGGAUGUUACUCUGCCCGAGCACUCUCAGUUUCGAUUGGUCGAUGGACGCCGUUCCCAGGAUAACGACGUUCAAGGAUCACCGCAACUUGGAGUCGGCGGCAUUGUACGCGGCUCUGGCCGGCGCGGGUCUAUGGGCGGCGAAAGGACUGCGUAGUGCUUCGUGUUCGAUGUGCGUUAAGAAGACCGGGGCCCACACGGAUCGUUGUCGGGCGGCCAACAACAACAACGCACCGAUAAGCGACUGUUAUUGCCCGAAGAAUUCGACGACGCGCGCGUCGCUUCCGGCCUCCGUUGCGAUCUCCUUAGGUUUCCUUGGGCUUCCCUUUCUACCGGCUUGCAACUUGUUUUUUUACGUUGGCUUCGUGAUCGCCGAGAGAGUUUUGUAUCUUCCCAGUGUCGGUUAUUGUCUUUUGCUCGGUGUCGGUAUUUGUAAAUUUUAUCGUAUCAUGAGGAGAAAAUCGCGAAAGUGGGGUGGAGUGACGCUGGCGAUUUCCACGUUACUGCUGACACUCAUGGCCGCCAAAACUCUGAGGAGAAACCUGGAUUGGUACGACGAGGAGAGUCUCUACAGGUCGGCGCUACACGUCAAUCCCCCCAAAGCCUACGGGAAUUUGGGGAGCGUGCUGAGUGCCCAGGGACGAAUUGCGGAGGCCGAGGAAGCCUUUACCCAGGCUCUACGGUAUCGACCGAACAUGGCGGAUGUCCACUACAACCUGGGGAUUCUUCAGCAGGGAAGAAAAAACUACGAAGAAGCGAUCCUCAGUUAUCAGCGGGCGAUCCACUUCAGGCCUUCUUUGGCACAGGCCUACGUGAAUUUGGGAGCGGCCCUCAUCUCCGCGGGCAGAGGUACGGAGGCUGCGGCGAUCCUGAGGACGGGUGCUUCCCUUGACGGAUCGGGACUGAAGGACCGAAGGGCCCACGAAGCGGCGCGUGUUCAAGCUCUCCUGCAACUCGGUGCCCUUUACGCCGACCAAGGUCGACUUCAAAGGGCUCUCGCCGCCUACAGGGAAGCACUACACGCUCUGCCGGAACACUAUCCACCUCAGAGUGUUUACAACUUGCUAGGAGAGACGCUUUCCAGGCUGCAGCAGUAUGCGGAAGCUGAGAGAUGGUUCCAGGCUAGUUUGGCCAGUCAGCCGGACCACGUGCCUGCGCAUAUCACUUACGGAAAACUCCUAGCUCGCAACACGAGCAGAGUUUUGGAGGCUGAAAGAUGGUUUCUCAGGGCGCAGAGAUUGGCCCCUCAAGACUCCAGCGUCUACCAUCAUUAUGGUGUGUUUCUCUCCUCUCAAGGGCGACUGGCCGAAGCCGCCGAACAGCAUUUGAAAGCUGCGGAGCUUUCGCCGAAGGAUUACGAACUGGCGGUCGCCGGGGCUUCCGCCCUGCGUCAGGCGGACCGUAGGAACGAAGCCGAAAGUUGGUACAGACACGCGGCGGGCUUGCGCCCGCAGGAGGCAAGAAGUCACACGAACCUUGGGGCGAUUCUGCAUCUCAACGGUAAAUACAAACAGGCAGCCGCUGCCUACCGAGAGGCCCUCAGAUUGCAACCGGGAGAUGCGACGACCUUGACCAAUCUACAUAAACUGGCCGCUCUGUUGGCGUGACCAGUAAUCCUUCAAUACAAAUGCAAAUACAAAUCCCUAAUAAUGUACUAUAUCUCCCGUUCACAUAUAUUCCCUAAUUCUCCCGGUAUGAUAAAUUAUUUAUCCAUAAGUAUCAAUGAUCGUUGUACUAAAUGUACACUAAUCUGUACGCCUGCUAUGAUAUAUACAGAAUAAAGCUUCAUUUAUUUUUAUCUAAAA